CGGGCAGCCAUGGCGGAGGCCGCGUCGCCGCACUUGUCGCUGCCCUCGGGGCUGCUGGAGCUGUGCGCGCUGCUGGGCGCCUCCCGGGACAGCCUCCGAGACCUCGAGCAGCUUUUCUUAAUUCUGUAACGAUGGCUUUCCCUGGAAUCUAUCUGUGGCUCUGGUUUCCUCCUGGUCCGCCUGUCUGUGACAUCGUGACUGGGUCAUGUUACCUGGAGAUCCCGGCGUCACUGGCCAGCCGUCUGCACAGGUUGCUCAGCAAAAGGGAGUCAAACAUCUUUCUCCUCUUGAUCCAGAGGUCCUGUCCGUUUUCGUGCCUCCUUUUAUCAGUAAAGAGGACGGUCAAACGGCUGGUGCCAACUGCGGCACUCUCGGUAAAACCCGGAGGCGCUCCUUGAGAAAGAAGAGAGAGAAGCCCAGACCAGAGCAGUGGAAGGGCCUCCCGGGGCCCCCCAGAGUGCCAGAGCCUGAGGAUGUCGCCGUCCCGGGUGGCGUGGACCUCCUCGCCCUGCCCCAGCUGUGCUUCCCAGGGGGUGUGUGCGUGGCCACUGAACCCCAGGAGGAUUGCGUCCACUUCCUGGUGCUGACCGACGUCUGCGGGAAUAGGACCUACGGCGUGGUGGCCCAGUACUACCGGCCCCUGCGUGAUGAGUACUGUUUCUACAAUGACAAAACGCACUGGGAGUCGUCCCGUUUUGGCCUCUUCGUGCCCUUCGCGGUGUGCGUGGUCUCCAGGUUCCCCUAUUACAACUCCCUCAAGGACUGCCUCUCCUGUUUAUUGGCUCAUCUAAACCUCUGUAAAUAUUUUGAAGUGGACAAUCGUAUAAAAGAUUUCGCAGCGAAGCUGUCUUUAAUACCCAGCCCGCCACCUGGACCACUCCAUUUGGUAUUUAACAUGAUGCCGCUCCAGAUUGUGUUUCCUGCCCGAGCAGACCCCGAAAGCCCCAUCCUGGACCUGGACCUUCAACUGCCCUUGCUGUGCUUCCGGCCUGAGAAGGUGCUACAGAUCCUGACAUGCAUCCUGACGGAACAGCGGAUCGUCUUCUUCUCCUCGGACUGGGCUCUGCUGACGCUGGUCGCUGAGUGCUUCAUGGCCUACCUGUAUCCGCUGCAGUGGCAGCACCCCUUCGUGCCCAUCCUGUCGGACCAGAUGCUGGAUUUCGUCAUGGCCCCCACGUCCUUCCUCAUGGGCUGCCAUCUUGACCACUUCAAAGAAGUCAGCAAGGAAGCCGACGGUUUAGUUCUGAUAAAUAUUGAUCAUGGGAGCAUCACCUACUCCAAGUCCACGGACGAUAACGUGGACAUUCCUGAUGUCCCCCUCCUGGCGGCCCAGACGUUUAUUCAGAGGGUGCAGAGCCUCCAGCUCCACCACGAGCUGCACGCCGCCCACCUCCUCUCCAGCACAGACCUGAAGGAGGGCCGAGCCCACCGGCGGUCCUGGCAGCAGAAACUCAACUGCCAGAUACAGCAGACCACCCUGCAGCUGCUUGUGAGCAUCUUCAGGGAUGUAAAGAAUCAUUUAAAUUAUGAACACAGAGUCUUUAAUAGUGAAGAAUUUCUCAAAACCAGGGCUCCAGGGGACCAUCGGUUUUAUAAGCAGGUCUUAGACACCUACAUGUUCCAUUCUUUUCUCAAAGCCCGGCUCAACAGGAGGGUGGACGCCUUUGCUCAGAUGGACCUCGACACCCAGUCAGAGGAGGACAGAAUAAAUGGAAUGCUUCUAAGUCCAAGGAGACCGACCGUUGAGAAGAUAGCCUCUCGGAAGUCCUCGCACCUGCCCGUCACCCACAGGCGCAUGGUGGUCAGCAUGCCCAACCUGCAGGACAUUGCCAUGCCUGAGCUGGCACCCAGGAACUCCUCGCUCCGGCUGACGGACACCGCAGGCUGUAGGGGCAGCAGCGCAGUUCUGAAUGUCACGCCGAAGUCCCCAUAUACAUUCAAGAUUCCCGAAAUCCACUUUCCGCUGGAGAGCAACUGCGUGCAGGCAUACUAUGCCGACUUUGUCUCCAUGCUGAGCAACGCCAUGAAAUUGCUGGCCCCUGAUAACUCUCUGCUCCGGGCCCGUUAUUUGUACCUCCGAGGGCUUGUUUAUCUGAUGCAAGGACAGCUGCUGAGCGCCCUCUUGGACUUCCAGAAUCUGUAUAAAACAGACAUACGGAUCUUUCCCGCUGAUUUGGUGAAGAGGACGGUGGAAUCCAUGUCUGGCCCCGAGCGGGCGCAGGCGGAGCAGGCGCCGGAGCUGAUGAGGCUCAUCAGCAAGAUCCUGGACAAGCCGCAUGAGGCCUCGAAGCUGGACGACCACGUGAAGAACUUCGAGCUGCCCAAGAAGCACAUGCAGCUGGGCGACUUCAUGAAGCGGGUCCUGGAGUCAGGGAUCGUGAAGGACGCCAGCACCAUACACCGGCUGUUCGAGGCCUUGACUGUAGGACAGGAGAAACAAAUCGACCCAGAAACAUUCAAAGAUUUCUACAACUGCUGGAAGGAGACGGAAGCAGAAGCCCAGGAGGUCAGUCAGCCGUGGCUGGUGAUGGAACACCUGCAUAAAAACGAGUGUGUGUAUAAGUUGUCCAGCUCCGUCAAGACGAACCUAGGCGUUGGCAAGAUCGCCAUGACCCAGAAGCGCCUGUUCCUCCUAACCGAAGGAAGGCCAGGCUACGUGGAGAUUUCCACCUUCAGAAAUAUCGAGGAGGUCAAGAGCACCACUACUGCGUUUCUACUUCGGAGAAUACCCACUUUAAAAAUCAGAGUGGCAUCCAAGAAAGAAGUCUUCGAAGCCAACCUGAAAACCGAGUGUGACUUCUGGCACCUGAUGGUGAAGGAGAUGUGGGCUGGGAAGAAGCUGGCCGAUGACCACAAGGACCCUCACUACGUCCAGCAGGCGCUGACCAACGUCUUGCUGAUGGACGCCGUCGUGGGCACACUGCAGUCACCAGGCGCCAUCUAUGCUGCCUCCAAGUUAUCCUACUUUGAUAAGAUGAGGAAGGAAAUGCCCAUGACGCUUCCGAAGACAACCCUGGAAACACUGAAGCAUAAAAUCAACCCCUCAGCGGGGGAGGCAUUCCCACAAGCGGUGGACGUGCUGCUCUACACUCCGGGGCAUCUUGACCCAGCCGAAAAAGUUGAAGAUGCUCACCCCAAGUUAUGGUGUGCUCUGAGUGAAGGCAAGGUGACCGUGUUCGAUGCUUCUUCAUGGACCAUCCACCAGCACUCCUUUAAAGUGGGCACUGCGAAAGUGAACUGCAUGGUGAUGGCCGACCAGAACCAGGUGUGGGUUGGCUCGGAAGACUCCGUCAUCUACAUCAUCAACGUCCACAGCAUGUCCUGCAACAAGCAGCUCACAGACCACUGCUCCAGUGUCACGGAUUUGAUGGUGCAGGACAGACAGAAGGCACCCAGCGAGGUGUACUCGUGCAGCAUGGACGGCACGGUGCUGGCGUGGAAUGUGAGCACGCUGCAGGUGACCAGCCGCUUCCAGCUGCCGAGCAGCGGUCUCACGUCCAUCAGACUGCACGGCGGCCGCCUGUGGUGCUGCACAGGUAACAGCAUCAUGGUCAUGACAACGAAUGGAUUCCUCCGUCAAGAAUUGAAGAUUGAGGAGAACUUCAAAGACACCAGUACCUCCUUCCUGGCUUUCCAGCUCCUUCCCGAGGAGGAGCAGCUGUGGGCAGCCUGUGCAGGAUGCAGCGAGGUUUACAUCUGGAGCCUGAAGGACCUGGCCCAGCCCCCGCAGAGGGUGCCCCUCGAGGACUGCUCUGAGAUCAACUGCAUGAUCCGGGUGAAGAAGCAGGUAGGGUGGAGGGCCCGCCAUCCCCAGCAUCCCCGCCAGGUCUCGCUUGCCCUGGCCUCAGCCCCAUGCUCCCGAGAGCCAGCCGCACGCCCUCGUGCCCUCCUGCCUUCGCCUCUCAGGGCUACCCUCCUAACAGGCAGGUGCAGGUUUGGCGCCAACGGGCCCACAGGUCACCAUGUGCUGGUUUCAUGGUGUGGUCCAAGCACUCCACAGUGCAUUCCCCCAAACUGGGUGGCUUCAAAUGACAGAACUUAAUUUUCUCACAAUUCUCGAGGCAGGAGGUCCAAAACCAAGGUGUCAGCAGAGCUGCCUCCCUCGGGGGCUCGGGGGGAGCGUGCACUCCAGGCCCUUUUCUCCACCACCCGUUCAUGUGGCCGCCGUCCUUGGCGUGCCCUGGCUGUGGACGUGGCACUCGAAUCUGUGCCUGCACCACAUGGCAUUCUCUCUCCCUGUGUGUGUCUCUUAUGGGGAUGCUGGUCGUACUGGAUUAACCAGUGUGAGCACAUCUGAUCUGUCUACAGACUCUAUUUCCAAAGAAGCUCACAUUCUGAGGUUCAGGGAGGAUAUGGAUUUGGGGGGACACUGUUCAACCCAUUACAGUCUGCCCUCUGGCCCCCUAAAUCCACGUCUGUCCCACAUGCAAAAUACACCCCCUCCAUCACUACAUCCCCCGAAGUCCUAGCCCAUUCCAGCAUCAGUUCUGAGCCCCAAGUCUCCAAGUGAAGCUGGUGCCCUCGGAUGUGGUUGAACUGUGCGCGGGUCCCACCUGGGGCAGAACCAACCCCUCUUGCACUGUGAACCUGCGCAGCUAGAAACAGUCUGUCUCUUCCCAAAAUACAAGGCUGGGCCAGGCAGAGGUUAGACAGUCUCAUCCGAAAAGGGAGAAAUUGGAAGGAAAGCUGGACUUCCAGGCCCCGAGCAAGUCUGAGACACGGCGGGGGUGGGGCAGAAUUCGUUUAGUGUUUUCCCCCAUAACUGAAUUGGGAUAUAAUUGACAAAUAAAAAUUAUAUAUAAGGUAUACAAGGUGAUAUUUCAAUAUACAUUGUGAAAUAAUCACAAGCUAAUUACCGUAUCUGUCACCUCACACAGGUGGCUGUUUGGUGAGAACACUUACGACGCACCCCCAGCACCUUUCCAGCACGCAAUGCAGUCUUCUUCCCUAGAGGCCCCUUGGCCAUUAGGUUCUAAGCCUGAGAAGGGUCCUCUGCACCUGCCAGGUGGCCCUGACCCUCAGGGGGCAGAGGCCCUGUCCAGGAAGGACAGAGAUUUGGAGGCACACGCGUCAAUUCUGGGUAGCCAGGCAAAGCCCUGGCACUCCUGGGAGGGACUUCUUUCC